AUGUUGUCGGUGGAACUAUCUGAUAAUGAGCUUCAAGCCAUAUACGGCUUACGAACAACUAAACCUACACAACGAAGUGAUGUCUUGCAUAUUGACCAACCAAGUUUAGAGCUCGGCUCAAUAACCGCAUUUCCGAAACUAGAUAUUAAGGAGGAAGAGCAAUACAAAUUACUAGACGACCUUCAAAGUUUGGGUAAUGAAAGUGCGGUAUCUAUAUCACGUCACCGACAACCAGACCCCGAAGAUCCAUUGAAAGGGAGAGGGUCCAAUGUUAUCCAAGACUUGAUACGUAAGCAAGUUGUAGAAACUCCAACCGACCCAAAAGUGUCACAGUACCUUAUAAGCUCACAGGAGUUUAGCUCAUAUAGAUUUUUGACCACUGUUCAUGGAGGAGACUCAUUAGAGGCACUAGGAAACUCUUUGAAGACUUUGGAAAAUAAUAUUCGAAUGCACACAGACGACUUGAAGGAUUCAAUAGAUGAUAAUUUUGACAGCUUUAUUGAUUGUAAACAAGUCAUUGAUAGGUCUCUCACGGAGUUUGUUAAUCAGAAAACUAAAGUUAGACAAGAUAAAGAGAAUUCAAAAGUAUUCAACCCUCGAAGACACAAAUUGGGUGGUUCAACGGGAGCUGGAUCGGAAGCUGGUGCAAAUGCAGGCGCAGGUGCAGGAGGAAUCAUCAGUACUGGCGCAUCGGGUCUGUUUGAAUUGUCCUCAGAGUUAGAAUUGUCUUUGAAUAAUCUAAUCACCACUACAAAUUUGAUGAUUAGACCUAUCUCCGAUAAUAGAACACGCGAAGAGAAAAUCGGCAAAGUUGUUGAGUUGGUCAAGAAUAAUGAUUUUUUCUUUAAUCUUUCAUCUGAGUUGAUCAAGCACUUUACAAACAAUGACAACUUCAAAUUCAUUGACACGUAUAAUAGAUAUAUACGAGAGAAGGAUAUUUAUCUAGAUAGGAUUCUGCGCAAAAUUAAGCAACAGCAGCAACAGCAGCAACAGCAGUUCUCAAAAGCAGGCGCUGGAGUGAGUGAAAAUAAUGAUUUAAAUGCUUUACACAAAGCUCAAAAUGAUUAUGGUUUUGAAUUGACUCUUAUGACUACUGUGUUUCAUGAGUUGGAUGCAAUUGCAGAGCAGUACCGCAACAAAGUCCAUGGUGAGCUAUUGUCAUUAGAUUUCGAAGUUGGUAAGAAUGGUAAAUACACUGUGGACCUGACCAGUGGUGACGGUAACAAAUUUGCUGCACUUCUUGAAAGUUUGGCAAAAAUGUCAAGUUCUAAAACUGAUUCUGGUUUUGGUUCCGAACAAGAAAAGAGUAGUGUCAACAUCCAUAUUGGACCCGUUAGGGAUUUUCUCAUUAAGCAAAUUGAGAUUAUUGAUAAAGAUUUCGAAUACCAUGUGCGUAAGUAUGAUAACAAAUUCUUGCUUAUGCAAAAAAAAAUAACAGAUUACGUACAAUCCUUAGCAAAAGAGAAGCGCGAUGGAUCGCAUGUCAAUUACAUCUUGGACAAGUACGACAAAUAUAGUGAAGAAAGAAAAUUGGUGAAAAGCUACGAAGACAAAUUGUUGGCGAUUGAAGAAGCAUUUGACAGUAAUGAUUUGUUGGAUUUGAGUUUAGUUAAUGAGACGUGGCUAGUUCUCGUUAAUUUUGUUCAAUAUUUAGAAAUAUUGUUUCUUCGAUUAGCUGAGAAAUUUUUAAACAAUUAUACGCACUAUUUCAGAUUGGGUGCAGACCCUGAUGGAGUUAUACGGAACCAGUUUAUAGAUAUGGUGAAUCGUGCUGUAUCUAUUAUGGCACAUUUGUUUGAUGGUGACGUAAAGGAAGGAGGAAAAUUGCAAAACCAAGAAAUGAAACCGUCAUACUUUAAAAGCUUUGUUCCAUGCUAUGCAAACUCCUUAUCGACAAUCUAUCAUCUCGGUAGAAUCCAGGUGCUGGUGAAUAAUUUUAUGCAACAAUUGGGAAAUCUAGCGGGUACAUUGGGCAAUGUCAGCAGAUAUUCAAAUACCAACAAUUUACUCAAAAGCUUGAAAAGUUCGUCUUUGCAUAUAAAUACCAAAAUUUUGGAAGCCAUUUGUUCAACUUGGGUCAACGAUUGUCUACAAUUUAGCGAGAUGGAGGACUGGAAAAUUGAAGGUAAGCAUAAUGCCAAGGAUGGCUCGUGCACUAAGCUUAUGAGUGUAGUUGAAUGUUAUCAAUUAUAUAUGAUCCGGAAGAUUUCCAAAGUAACCAAAACGAGGACUACUUCGAAGGACAUUCGGAAUGAGUUUAAUGUUGUUUCGAAACAUGCAAGCAAGCAAAUGCUUACGGGUAUCGAGAUACAGUUUAUGAGAACUUUGAAGAUUAUUAUUGAUUCCAUGAUUAGAAAAUACGAUACUGACAGAAAUAUCAAUGAUGAAAAGCUCCACAAGUCUGCUGAAUAUAAUGUGGAGAUUUUCAAAGUUUUGAGUAUGAACAAUUUUGAUAAACUUUCAAGAAUUACAUAUUACAAACUCCUUAAGGAGUUUGAUAAACAUUAUCUGACCAAUUUGGGGGAGCAGAACUUGGAGUUGAUUCAAGUCAUCGAGAAGGCUAGAGUCACAAUCAUUGAAGAUAUCUUAAAAAAUGAAAAAGCUUUUUUCGCCAAACUCACGUUAAAUUUCUUUGCUCGUCUCAAUCCAAAAUUCAACGAUUAUGGAAAUGGUGGUGGCCACAAACUGCGUCUGGAUCUGAAAUUGAUUGUAGAUGCCAGACCCAAAGUUGAUGCAAUGAUAUAUGAAGUUUUGCUGCAUUUCGUUAAGCUCGUGAAUAGGAUAAAGCCAUUAACGAGUGAAAAUAUGUUUGUUACACUAUUGAGCGAGUUACAAAAUUUAUUUUUGAAGGAUUUGUUGAGCAAUGUGCGGAAUAAUCAACACUUUUUUACUUUAAGGAUUGUCAAGAAUCUUCUUUUGGAUUGUUAUUUUUUGUCCGCGGUAUUUGAGCGAUCGAAGCAAUUAAAGUUUGAUAAUAAAUGUAAGAAAUUAAGCCAGGUUCUUGUGAAGGAGAUCUCCAAUAUUGAAGUAGCAGAUGGAGAUGGCAGGGGAUUGAAUGGCGCGGAUUUAGAGGAUGCGUUGCAAGAGAGCUUGGAAAAUACGGCGAUACAAUUUAAUUGUUUUUAA